GUGUAUCAAUAAUUACGAAGCGGUCCUGCGUGUAAGACGAAGAUCGAGGCCGGAAGCCCGGAUUCCCUUCCGGAAAGCACAAUAUUACGUGAUAAUUGCACAAAGUACAAGAGAUACGUUUGAUAUUGCAUUGUUCACUAUGGAGGAGCAAUUGAAGUCCCUAAAAGUCGGCUUUAUCGGAGGUGGAAAUAUGGCCAUUGCUAUAGCCGCUGGUUUAAUUAACAAAGGUAUAUUAGAUUCAGACAAAUGCUGGGUUUCCACUCGUACAGAUAGAACGCACUGUUCUUGGAGGGAACUGGGCACUCGUCCGACCUUGAAAAAUCACGAGGUCCUGGACAACUGCGACGUCGUGUUUCUGGCGGUAAAACCGCACAACCUGGACGAUGUCAUAGUGUCGGAAUUGUCGAGGAUGCAGCAUGAGUCAAAGCCGAGUAUAAGAAUAUCGAAGUUUAGGAACAAACUAUUUAUCUCGCUGCUUGCUGGAGUGACUCUCGACAUCUUGGAAGAUAAACUCGCUCAGAUCGUGGAGUCGCCGAGAAUAAUUAGAACUAUACCAAAUACACCUCUGAUGAUUGGAGAGGGAAUUACAGCUUCUUGCCAGCGACACACCAAUGUACAAGAUCUAGAGAUAGUGGAUGCAUUGUUCUCCCAUCUGGGUAUGUGCGUAAAUGUUCCAGAAUCAACUAUGAAUGCCGUUGGUGGUCUGACAGGUUCUGGUCCCGCCUUUGCUUAUGUCAUCAUAGAGGCAUUAUCAGAUGGUGCUGUGAGAAUGGGUGUACCGAGGGCAACAGCGACUAAAUUCGCUGCGCAAGUACUGGUAGGCGCUGGAAAAAUGGUGCUCGAAACCGGGAAGCAUCCUGGUCAGUUGAAGGACGAAGUCUGCUCGCCCGGAGGUACCACUAUCGCUGGCGUUCACGCUAUGGAAACCGGCGGGGUCAGGGGAUCUAUGAUCAAUGCGGUUCAGGCUGCCGUAAAUAAAACGAGUAAAUUGAUAUAAGUCCAUGCUAAGCCAGAGCCUGGCUAUAGACAAUAUUUUAGGACAAUAUUUUAUUCGUAAUGAAUAUUGGGGUAAAUAUGCGUUUGAUAUAAUUUUUGCAUUUAUUUUAUUUUGAUUAUUACAUUUUUUUACUUUUGAAUAUAUAGUUUUUCUGAAUAAUGUUGACAUAAUGUAAUCAACGUUACGCAACGACAGAAGGAAUGGAAUGUCUUUUUUUGCAAGGACUUAGAAUUCAAAACACACAUUUUUAAAGAUCGUGUUCCUAUAUAAACGCAU